GCGGUCCAAUCGCCGUGACACAGUUUACUCCCCUCGGGCGAGACACACAGCAGAGAAUACCCCGGAUUUUUAACAAGCUCGUCACGCGCUUCUCCCUUUACACACCAUACGAGUACCGUACGCCUCAGGAACGUCACGCUCACUCAUCGGGUCGAAAACACUUAAAACUCCCCCUCCAUGCAACUAUUUUUCCCGGGUAGCUACUCCAUGCUUAUUUCUCCAACCUCAUAAAGGAGGCCUGAUCUCCUCCCCGUUUCCAGGAGGAAAAAAGACAAAAGGAUUCCCAAUUCAGGCUUGUUUUCUUCUCUCUCGCGUUAGACUUCUGCUUGUUUGCUCCGUGGUUGUUUUGCUGUUGGCUAACUUGGCCUUUCUUCUUUUUUUCUCUCUUUUUUUUUUUUUUUCCUUUUCCCAACUUUAAUCUUUCCCUAUUCUUUGCCGAUUCGCCUGCCGAACUAUUUUUCCUUUUUUCAACAAUCGAUCAACCCUCUCCUCUCCCAACUUGUAGUUAGUUUUGUCGUCCCUCAUGACAAGCGUUCAACAACCAGUAGGCCCUACGCUCCCCGAAAAAAUGAGCCAGCCAGAGAAGCGCCCCCGCGGAAGACCUCCAACAUUUACCGACGAGGAACGACUUCAGCGGAAACGAGAGCUGGCUCGCAUACGUCAAGCACGGAAGAGGGAGCGGGACAGGGUUAGGAGAUGGAGCACGGGACAGGGCAGUGAAGAGAUGGGUUCACAAGGAGUUAACUCACCACCAGAGAAUUCUGUUGAUGGAACAGAUACGAACGGCCUUUCCCAGAAGACCGACCAGAACGCUUGGGGCCUGGAGAAGGCUGUUGGUUUUCAGGUCCAGGUUAGAGGGACGAGGGAUAAUUCACCCUCUGAUCAGGAAUAUCCUGCUCCUAGUGACGAAAGCAUCAUAUCGAGGGAACACAAUCCGCCAUCCAGACCAGUAGGGCCGCCAUCACCGCAGCCGCCCGCACUCCCCGUCCCAUCAAUACCAAACGAUUCGAUGGUUUGUGAUGAGCCGGAAAGUUAUGAUCGAGCUCAUGAAAGCUUGGCAUCCUGGCAUAAGAUCCACAGCAUUUCGAAGGCAUUGGAGGCUUCUCGGGGCAGUCGGGUUAUGCGAAAUCAGUUAGCCAGCUUGCUAUACACGAACGAGUUAGUUUCUCUCAUCCAGAGUUGGGAGGAAGCGGGAUUUAUGCCUCAAGGGAAGGCAUCUCUACCGCCACCAUCAGUAGCCGAGCAACAAAACGGAAUACCCGCUCCCCCGCCUGGCGCGUCAUCUCGUGAGAGUGUGUUCCCUGGUGGUGUUAGUAAUGGUCGUCCGGAGGAGUCGGAGGACGAACUUAUGGAAAGAAUACUAGACAACUUGAGUGGACGAAUGCAAGCGCUCAAGCGCCGGAAGGGCCUAAAAUCCGAGGUGGAUGAGCUACGGAAGGCCUUGGCGGAUAAGGAAGCGAAGUUGAAGGAGUGCAACGCAAUAUUAGAAGCCGAAAGAGCCGUAUGGCAAAAUUUCCAGAACAUGCAGGUUUAGAAUUAAACGGCAUUGUUUGUUGUUUAUUUGUUUCCCCCGCAUUUUCCUUGCUCUAUUCUAUCAUGGGGAGGAGGGGUGGGUAGUGCCGGAGUUCAUAAUUGCUUAAAUUGGCCCGAUUUUUGCUACACUUCUCUCUCCAGUGCUGUUUCACGCAUUGCUAUCGGCAUCUUUGUUUAUUCUGCGAUGGGAUUGGGGUUUAUUUAUCAGUUGGCGUUCACAGGAAGAUUGCGACGAUGAAGGUAGUCAAUGUAAUGGAGUGUGUGUGGGGGGGUAUCUUCUGUAUCUCUGAUUUCACUCCCGAGCUUGAAGUAACAUCACCUCUAUGGUGUCACGAAAUGAAAAGAUUUCAUGGAUGUAU